AUGUCCUCUUUUGUUUUUAAAGGGAAAAUGGUGAUUGUUGGUGAUAUAGCUGUCGGGAAAACGUCACUAGCAUCUCGUUUCGUGGAAGAUAAGUUCCCAAAGAAUCAUAUAGCCAGUGUGGGAGUUGCAUACUUUACAAAAACUCUUGUUGUGGAUGAACACCUUACUGUGAAGUUCGAUAUUUGGGAUACAGCCGGACAGGAACGAUAUCGUAGUAUUAAUAAGCUAUAUUAUCGCGGUGCUGCUGCUGCGGUUAUUGUUUUUGAUUUAACGCAAAAAGCAUUUUUCUCAGCAUUGAAAUGA